UCGACUAUAGUAAGAACUUUAGGUGAACAAGACAACGGAGACGGAACGAUGCGUAUUUACCACCUGAAUCUAUUAGUGCUAAGUGCCGGCCUACUGGUCCUGCUGGCCCAGUCGGGGACCACGGCCCCCCAGGCGGAUGAGGAUGUACAGCAACUGACUCUGGCGGAUGUAAAUCAGGCGGAGGAGCAGCAGGAGAUGCCGGCUGUUCGCCUGGCCAGACAAUUUGGAUUCGGCCGUGAAGGAUUCGGCAGAGGACGCGGCGGAUUCGGCGGAUUUGGCGGAAGGCGAGGCGGCGGUGGAUUCCGGAGACCCGGUUUCGGUGGCGGUGGAUUCGGCGGAUUCUACCCACCGCCACCGCCCUUCUUCGGCGGCCCCUUUUACGGCUAGGUGUUCUUAAUUUAAUGUGCAUAUAUAUAUGUGAUACGAUCAGACCAGGAUUAGCUACUAAUAUAUCAACACGAGCUGCUGCUCUCAUUAUCUUACCAAGUGCAGAACGAGUUUUUAUGUGGUAAGCACUCUUUUUUUUAUAUCCAUGACAAGAAGUGCUCAGCUGUAUUAAAUAUUAUGGGCGUUAAACGGAUGCGGUAUAUGAAUAUCUCUGGAAAUGUUCAUAAAAUAACAAGAGCACUUUAUCUUUGGCCAAGUUUAAAUAUUCAAUUUAUAACUCCUUUUAGAAAGACAAAUCUAGAUUUCUAAUGAUAAGUUGCAAACUGGCAGAGCUUUUAGUCAAAAUCAAAAGAAGUCUCUUCUGUAAUUAUCAAAACAAGUACUUGUUUACUCUGCUUAAGACGGAUAAUUCUCAUAAAUAGAGUUGCUUGCAUUUAAAAAAUGUUAUUUUUUUUUAAAUGGAAUUAAGAUGAGUACACUUCGUUGCUGCAUUGUUAUUCUUUUUGGAAUACUGAUUUUUGGAGUGGCAGUGGCUGAAAACAAUAAGUUUCAGGAUGAAAGGGAUGAACAUCAUUUUCAGCCCGAUGAAGUAAAAAGUUCAGAUGAAGCUAUAGAACGGAUACGACGUCAGAUUGGAGCUUUUGGAAUUGGCGCUGGAUUUUAUGGAGGAAGGCAUGUUGAUUCAAUCGGUAAUCCCUAUUAUGGGGCUCCAUAUGGAAAUUCCUACUUUGUUCAACCUUACUGGCAUUACUUCCAUGAUCGCAGAUUUGGAGCCAACUACGGUUUCGGUGGACAUUUCUAUGGUCGCUAGACAAAUUUUGUGCUCAACGUCAGUCGAUGUCGACUUAAUAAAGUUAAACAUUAAAAUAUAUAAGCACUGUGGCUAAAAAGGGUUGAUCGGAGGGGGUGGAUUUGCCCAAGGGCGAAGCUGAAAUUAUAAAAAUUUCAUUUCAAAUCACGUUGAGUGACAUGCAGACUGAGCACAGGACAAGAAAACUUAAUCAGCGAUGUUAACGAUGUCAGGCUGCGGGAAACAGGAUGUCAUUCUGUACCAUCAAAUGGCUCCAUUCCGGGUCGCGUACUCGUAUUUUAUUCCGUUCUCUACUUUCUUUAUCCUUAAUUUUCUUCUUUUUUUUCGUUUUAUUUUCUAAUUCAUAUGCGUUUCAAGUUUUAAUUACGUGGGAAAAAAGGCGAAUGAACAAACGAGCGGGUGCCAUCCAGGGACCAAAGCCAGGCAGGACCACGGCCAGGACUUCUUCUGGCUCCUUUUUGGCUUGACUGACAGACAGGAGCCGCAGCAGAAGAGCAGCUCAACAUGAAAAUAACAAAAUACGCCCAAUCAGACCAGCCAGAAAUGGAAACGAGACGAUACACACAGGGUAGAUAGACGACCAGACCUAGAGACAGACGGCUACUCGUACUACAGCUACAGCCACAAAAAAAGGCAAAAAAAUUAAGUAGCGAAAUCAGCGGGUGAAAUGAAAAAAAAA